CCUUCUCCCUUCUUCCAUCGACUCUCUUGGUCACCUUCAAACUUGAAUCAACAUCAUGUCUUUCACGAAAGGGGUACUCUACCCAUGCAACCCGGCGACGACGAGAGGAGAGUCGACCAAGCUCAGCUCCAGUAAAGACAAGGUUGUCUACACGAAUGGUCGGGCAGUCAUUAUACGCGACUUGAAGGAUGCUGCAGUCGGUACCGCGUAUCUAGGACAUGUACAGCCAGCAACUGUCGCUCGGAUCGCCCCAUCCGGGUACUACUGCGCCUCUGCAGACGUUACUGGAACAGUGAGGAUCUGGGAUACGCUCGGGGAUGAGCAGACUUUGAAGGCGGAGUACAAAGUGAUUGGGGGCGUCAUAAAGGACCUUGCGUGGGACGGCGAGAGCAAGCGCAUAGUCGCGGUCGGCGACGGACGAGACAAGUUCGGACACGCGUUCAUGGUGGACACUGGAUCUUCCACUGGAGAAAUCAUCGGACACUCGAAGGCUAUCAACGCCGUGAGCAUCAGGGCGCAGCGGCCAUUCCGUGCGGCAACCGCAGCAGACGAUGGGUCGAUCGUCUUCCACCAAGGCGUGCCGUUUAAGUACGACAAGACUAUCAAGACGCAUACGAAGUUCGUGCAGGACGUCCGCUUUUCACCUUCCGGGGACCAUUUCGCAAGUGUGGGCUCAGACUUCAAGAUCUUCGUGUACGAUGGGAAGACCGGCGAUACUUUGGGAGAAAUCACUGACAGCCCACACACCGGUAGUAUCAUGGCCUGCAGUUGGAGUCCUGAUAGCAAGUCGCUUGUAACUUCCGCCGCCGACCGCACAGUGAAGCUCUGGGACGUGGAGACGAAGAAGGCGCAGGUGACCUGGUCGCUCGGCUCGAGUGUCGCCCACCAACAGGUCGGCAACACAUGGACCGAGGAAGACAGCAUCGUCUCGCUCUCGAUGUCUGGCGACCUCAACAUCUUCGACAAGCGUGUCGGAGACAAGCCCGCGCGCGUGCUCAAUGGCCCGCAAAAGGCGGUUACUGCUGGUCUCGCCGGGCCUCCUCCGACCUUCUUCGUAGGCACUGCAGACGGGCGUGUGCUCCACCACUCGGACGACGGCUUCGAGCACGUCGGCGGCGAUGCGCACACCACGCUCGUUUCCGGGCUCGGCGCCGCGCAGGACGGCAAGGUGUACUCUGUCGGCCUAGACGACCAGCUGCGCGAGCUCGAGGGGACGAGCUACACCGCCGCGCGGUUCUCUACCGCUACGCAGCCGAAGGCGGUCGCGGUUGGGGGCGACGCGACGGUGUUUGUGCUCGAGACGGCGAGCGUCGAGGCAGUGCGCUCGAACCAGAAGGUCUUCGACCUCCCACUCAAGUACACCCCGAGCGCGAUCGCCGCUGCGGGCAGCGUGGUCGCUGUUGGCGGAGAGGACCAGAAGGUGCGCUUGUACACAUGGGACGGGAAGGCGCUCGCGGAGAGCGCGACACUCGACGGGAACAAGGGCACCGUGACGGCCCUCGCAUUCUCCCCCGACGGCUCGCACCUCGCGUCCGGCGACUCGACCGGGAAGAUCGUGCUGUACGACGCGAAAGAGCGCAAGAUGCUCACCUCGCGCUGGUCGUUCCACAACGCGCGCGUGAACGCGCUCGCGUGGACCGCGGACGGGCAACACUGCGCGUCGGGCUCGCUCGACACGCACGUGUACGUGUGGAGCGUGCAGAAGCCGAUGAAGAACAUCGCGAUCAAGAAUGCGAACCCGGGCGGGGUGAGCACCGUGUUCUGGCUCGGGGAGAAGGAGCUUGCGAGCGCGGGCGCGGACGGGUGUGUGCGUCGCUGGGGCGUCACGUUCCAUGCGUGAGGGGGCGUUUGAGACAUACUGUGGAACUUGGCAGAAGGGCUGUGCGGGAGACUGUAGGUACUGAGAAGGCAUAAAGGAUGUAACACAAUUUACCAAUGGACUUAAACUUGCUGUACUCGCCCAAUUCACUUCGAC